UAUACCCGAGCCCAAAUAUUUGCUCUGAAAUCAUCAUCAUCAUUCUAUUCUAUGCAAACAUUUUCUCAAAAACAUCUCUACUGUAACAUAAUCAUUGCCCAAUCAACGAUCAACAACUCCUAAUUGCCAUCCCACUCCUCAUCAUCGAUCUUCAACAUAUACAUACAUAGAUACACUCCUCCAGGUUCCAUAUCUUCUGUAUCUGUAAGUCAUAUUCCUUAUUAUAAUAAUCUCCCCCAAAUUCAGUCCAUACUUUGAAUUCCAAUCUUACAUUAGUUGCAAAUUCACAUAACUUGCAAUUAGUCCAUUUCCGGUCCAAUCAUAUUUAUUCAAUUAUUAAUACAUAACUUAGAUCUAUUGUUAAAUAAAGCUUGUGAUUUUUUUAUAAAAAAAAUUUAAGGUUGGGAUUAGGGUUCUAGAAACAGUAGAAUGUCCUGUUUAGCUUUAUCUUUACAACCUACAAAUGGAUCUGACAUAUUGCUACAAACCCGCGAGUGGUUUCCACCCGCACGCGCCCUCGUGGCGCUAUCCGCUUUCCGGCAGACGCGUCUCGCGUUUGCCACAGGAAAGAACAACAAUGCGGAAGACGGGGAUACUUCGUUAGGAGACGAUCCGCUGGCUGCGUCCAGCGGACAGGUGAUUGUUGGUGUUGAGAGUAGGUAUCGGGUUGUGUAUAGGCUGGUUAAUGCGAUUUACGUGUUGGGGAUCACGACUGUCGAUGAUGAUUGUGUGAAUAAUGUGUUUGAGUGUAUUAGUAUUGUGAAUCAAGCUGUUAGUGUUGUCGUUACUGCGUGUCGUGGGGUGGAUGUUACGCCGGAGAAGCUUGGGAGGAAGUAUGCCGAGAUUUAUAUGGCGUUGGAUAUUGUUUUGAGGGGGGUUAGUAAUAUCCGACUUGCCGCUAUGCUUGCUUCUUUGCACGGGGAUAGUAUUGCUAAAAUGGUGCAUUCGGCUUUGAGUACUGAGAAUAAGAUUAGGGGAGCAGAUAGCUGGGGUAAUAUAGAAGCUCAUUCGGCUGAGCAUGAAUCGAGUGAGCUGGCGUUUACAAAUAAUAGUUUUGAGCUGCCUGCCGAGACAUUAGAGGCUGGUGAUGAGGUGGCGGCUACUCUUGCUAGAACAGAACAGGGCCCGGUUAUAGAACAGGAGGAGGCUAAAGAAGAUGAGAACGUGGAGAAGGAUCCAUUCGCUGCCAGUGAUAAUUUGGAUAAACCUGUUGAUUUAGUUGGCGGGUUUAAGAAAGAUAAAGACCAAGCUUCUGAUUUGGCAAUGGUUUUGUCGGGCCUUGAGGUGACUACACUACCACCAGCUGCAGCUACCGAGUCGACUCAUAUUGGUGUCGAAGGAUUUGAAGGGGAUUAUGGUGGUAUUGAGUUUAGUAAAGAUGGUUCAACUUUACCUGAAGAUUUUGAAGGUAUAAAUCAAGCUUGGGGUGGUGGUUUGGAUGCAUCGGAGUUUGUUGAUGCUAAAAAGGUAGUGAAACGUGAAGGUCUUGGUGGGCUUGAGUUAUUGGAAACUAGUGAUGCCCCGGCUGCCAAAGCUGCAAAUGGCGCUGAAGCUAAUCUUGAAGACCUUGUUGUGAAACAGUCUGCAAUGAAAGGUCCCGAGAUGUACAUAUCUGAAGAGAUCAAUGCAGAGUUUAGGGAAUCUUUGCUUGCUAGGGUUGGUUUAAUGGGUGUUGUUUACUUGAAAACUUUGCCUCCUAAACAGACUGGUAAUGCAGAAACCGAGUUUUCUUUCAAGAUUGACGGUGCAAAUGGUGUUAAGAGAUUUGUUAUGUACAGCUCUAGUGUAAGCAGCCUAGGCAACCAAAUGUUUCAUGUCAGAACUGCACCUUCGGAUGAGCCUAUACCCAUCAUGAAGUAUAGUUUGCUACCUCGUGCUACACCUCUGCCAUUAAGAGUUCGACUAGUGAAACGUCACAGCGGCACUUUACUCUCUGUGAUGAUCCAAUAUGUGUCAAACCCUGAUUUGCCUUCCCCUUUGACAGAUGUAACAUUUAUUCUUAAACUUCCAGUUGACCCGACACUGUCACAGGUCUCACCAAAAGCUGUACUGAAUAGGUCUGAAAGAGAAUUACAAUGGCAUGUUCAAGAAAUUCCUUUAAAAGGAAGCCCUGUUCGAUUGAGAGCAAGGAUAACAGUGGAUAGAAGUGAAGAAGAUGGCGGGGAGGAACUUGAGGUUGUUGGAUAUGUAAAGUUUUCAUACCAAGGAACAAAGUCAUUGUCUGGGAUUUCACUGCAGCAGGCUUCUGAAGGCAAAACAGACUUUUAUGAGGUUGCCAAUAGGUACGAAAGUGGAGUUUAUACAUGUAAUUGAUUUUUUGAUGGUUUUACUGUGUGUUGUUUCUAUUUUUCUGCUUUCUUGAUGAGGUAUGUGGUUUUACUGUGUCGUUAGUAUUCUUUCUAUUGUAGAAUGUAACUCAGAGUCGUCGUUUGUUAUAGAAAGAUCUUGUCUUUCUGUCCGUUGCCAAUUUGAUUUGUAAUAGUUGGAAAAUAUUUUUUCUAA